AAGAAGAGCCGCGCCUGCCAGUGGGAGUCUGCACACUCCCGGUUCAGAGGAUACCGGUCCGCAGCGGGAUCCGCGAGCACAGAGACAACGCCUGGCGGGCCUGCUCAAGAUGGCGACGCUAUGGACGUCGAGGAGGACGAUGAGGACGAUGUGGCGCAGUCAGAAGGGUCUUGGUCUGUACCGCCGCAUCGCCGGAGAAACAGCCGGGCCGGCCAGACCACAGAGACGAGUCUCAACCCUCCUGGGGCCGCCACGGCGGGCCUGCAGCAGUCGUCGGCAUCGCCCUUUCUGGGCUCCCCUUCGGCGAACCCUACUUGUGACGGCGUCUCCAUCCCCGCCCAGUUUUCUGCCGCACUGCCCGUCAGGGAGCCCCUCCACAUCACCCGCCGUGAGGCCAAGCUCGUGCACCACUACGCAGAGCACCUGGGCCGCUGGCUGGACGGCACCGACCCGGCGCGCCAAUUUACCCUGCGCGUCCCAGUGCAGGUCAAGUUCUGCCCGAUCCUGCUGCACUCCAUCGUCUGUUUUGCCGCGCGGCACUGCGAGGACAGCGCCACCGCCGAUGAGGCGUACCAGCGCUGCAUCGCCCUGCUCAUCGAACGGCUGAACCUGGACACAGCGACCCACGACGACGAUCUGCUCUGCGCCAUUGUCAUCCUGCGCUUCUUCGAGCAGCUCAAUGUGCCAUCCAUCUCCGGGUCGGACAACGAGCAGCAUCUGGCGGGGAGCUCUGCCAUUCUCCGCGCCUCCCAGACGCGGACCGUAGACCCAUCAGCACCAACGCUGCGCGAGGCCGCCUUCUGGGUCUACGUCCGGCAAUGUCUGUACAAUGCGACCAUCAACCAGCAGCCGCCCAACAUCGACUUUUCCUUGCAGUUGGACCCGAGCCCUGCUUCCAUGCACGACUCGCACCCGCUGGCCAUGCUGCGACUGGAGACAGCAUGGGCAAACCAAAUGACGUGGCAUUGUGCCUGCGUAGUAAACUUCUGCUUCGACGGCCAUGAGCCGCGCGAGCUUCUGUCCCGAACCCAGAAAUGGCAGACGCUCUGGGACGCCGUCCAACGUUGGGAGGAGGACCGGCCGCCGAGCUUCAACCCCAUCUGGUCCGGGAAACCCAGCGACAAGAGCGUAUUCCCCGAAAUGUGGUUUACGGCCGACUGGCAUAUCGUCGCGUAUGGCUUCUUCCACUUCGCCUGCAUUCUCUUGCUCACUUACAAACCGGGGCCAAAGUUUGCGAUGCGCAGAGUGGGUAGCAAGCUCUCGGAAACGGACGUACGUUCGCCCCCGCCCCAAGGGUCGUUGUAG